AUAAAAGGCGAUCUAAUGAUCUGCAGGCUUCACUUUUAAUUUGAAGUACAGUGAAGAUAAUCAAAGAUGAAGUUUUUGAUUGGAUUUGGAGUAGUUCUACUCCUGGUAGCUGUUGCUGCGCAGUACGAUCCGCAUUAUCUUGACAAGAGAACUGUAAUGGUUCAUUUAUUUGAAUGGAAAUGGAACGACAUUGCCAAGGAGUGUCAGGAUUAUCUAGGACCAAAUGGGUUUGGUGGAGUUCAGGUUUCACCGGUUAAUGAGAAUUGGGUUUCUGGAGAACGUGCCUGGUUCGAACGCUACCAACCAAUAUCAUACAAACUAACCACAAGAUCUGGUAAUGAGGACGAAUUUGCCGCAAUGGUAAAAACCUGCCGACAAAAUGGCGUUCGAAUCUUCGUUGACGUUGUGGUCAACCACAUGGCUUCAGGUGCUCUUGAAGACACAAUUUAUGGAACAGGUGGAUCUGAGGCACAUCCUGGUCCUUUUGACUAUCCAGCUGUUCCGUAUGAAAAGAAUGACUUUCAUCCUGAUUGUAGCAUCUCAGACUAUCAGGAUGUGUAUCAAGUUAGAAAUUGUCAGUUGUCUAGCUUGAGGGAUCUCAAUCAAACUAUUCCCUAUGUCAGAGAGAAGAUCCUAGACUUCCUCAAUCAUUUAGUAGACUUGGGAGUAGCGGGCUUCAGAAUAGACGCAGCCAAGCAUAUGGAUCCGAAGGACUUGCGAUACAUCUACAAUCAUAUAAAGAAAUUAAAUAAGGACGCUGAGUUUAAGGCAGGGGACAAAGCAUUUAUUUUCCAGGAAGUUAUAGAUCUUGGAGGAGAAGCUGUAUCAUCACGUGAAUACAUAUCGCUGGGCGUUGUAACAGAGUUCAAGGCAUCCGAUGAUCUUGGAAAGCUUUUCCGGGGACAAGUUGCUCUGUCGACCUUGGAAAGAUGGGGUCCACAAUAUGGGCUUCUGCCUUCAAACCGAGCUCUUGCCUUUGUUGAGAAUCACGACAACGAACGUGGGCACGGAGCUGGCGGAACAAAUAUCCUAACGUACAAGGAUGGGAAAAUCUACACAAUGGCCGUAGUAUUUAACCUAGCACACUCCUAUGGGGUUCCACGAAUGAUGAGCAGCUAUGAAUUCAACGAUCCAAGCCAGGGACCUCCACAUGAUGACAAUAGCAACAUUCUAACUCCUGAAUUCUCUGCAGAUGGUAAUUCCUGCACUAAUGGUUGGGUUUGUCAGCAUCGUUGGCGUCCUAUGAGAAAUAUGGUGAAGUUCCGGAAUAUCGUCGGUCGGAAGUCAGUUAGGAAGUGGUAUGACAACGGAAGCAAUCAGAUAGCCUUCUCCAGAGGCAAUCAGGGCUUUGUGGCCUUUAACUUGGACAUUGUUGACUUUAACCAGCAAGUUCCAACGGAUUUACCAGACGGGGUAUAUUGCGACGUUAUUACAGGUGAGAAGAAUGGCAAUGAGUGUACUGGAAAGGUAGUUAUUGUGAGCAAGAGGAAGGCUGCUGUUAUCCUAAGGGCAGAUGACGACUACGGAGUUCUGGCGAUUCAUUCAGAGUCUAAAUUGUGAGAAUUAUGCUGAAAUAUUUGCUCCAACAAUUCAUUGACUUCGGUGCUUGGAAGAUUAAGAUGAAACUUUUUGGUUUGAGAUAGUUUCAGCUAACCUAUUUCUAUUAUUUUUUUAUUUUAAUAAAGAAGAUAACUUGCUGCA